AUGGCAUCACAACAAAGAGAAGGAUUCAGUGUCCCAGCAUCCAUUUCCCACGCCGCUCUUGGUCAAGUCACUACCAAAUCUUUAGGUGUAAAAUAUAACUGUGCUCAAUGUGCCUCUUCAUUUUCCUUAGGUAAAAAUGACGCUAUCAGAUGUAAGGACUGUGGUCAUAGAGUCAUCUACAAGGCUAGAACUAGAAGAAUGGUGCAAUUUGAAGCCCGUUAA